AUUGUCUGGCAUACAGUGUAGCGCCAGUUGACUCUACUCUUCCUAUCUUCUACAGCAUACUCUUUUUUUUUGCAGUCCUCUUCUUGAUAUAGGUUAUUACAACCUUUCGAUUCCUCCAGAUUAUACAGUUGAAAAACACCUGUUCAGCGUCACGGCAAGCUCUUAAUUUGCAUUCGACGUAUUUCGGCGCUGGUCGUCAGAGAUACAGUCAUUAUCUUUCUCGGCUCUUUCACCAUGCCAUUCUUACGAUCUGGAAGAUCGAUAUUUCCAUUACUCCCUCCAUAUGCUGCGCACGAUCCCCAAGGUUCUGCGCAGCCGCUGCACCCCGACGGCAUCACACCGUAUCUGGGACUACGAUCGCGUCUGUCGCAAGUAUGGAUCAACAGGUGGACGAUAUUGCUCCUUCUGGUCCUCGCGCGAACCUUGUUGGCUGUAUCAAGCUUGAAUAACGACAUGGCUUCCGCCAAGCGAGAGGCGUUAUCAGCAUGCACGACCGUCGAGUCGAUGGGCAGCGCAAUGGCAUCGAUGCCGCAUUACAUGUCACAAGGAGUGAACGAGUUGACGGCCAGCGGCGUUGAGAAAGCAGUCAAUGGCCUCAUGUCUAUGCUGACGCUGACCGUGACCGGUGUGGAGGAGCUUGUUGUAUUCUUCAUCAACACGAUGACAUCGACUUACCUGUGCCUCAUCACUCUAGCUGUGCGAGGCAGCGCAGAAGUCGCUCUCAGCUUGAUCAAAGAUGCCUCGGACUUCCUCAACAAGACUCUCCCAGAUAUCGGCAGUGAUAUCCACUCAACUAUCGACACUUUCCAGAGCAGUCUCAAUGAUUUCAUCAAGGAUAUAAACUCCGUCACCAGUGCUUUGGGUGCGGACAAACAGAUUCCUACCUUGGACGUGAAUGGCUCUCUCGACAAGCUCGACCAUCUCCAACUUCCAUCGUCGAUCGACGAUGACAUCAACAAGAUCAACAGUUCCCUCCCGAACUUCAAGCAGGUUCAGAACUUCACAGACAACGUGAUCCGGCUACCGUUCGAAGAGCUGAAGAAGCUUAUCAAUGAGUCCACAGUCCAGUAUAAAUUCGACCGCUCCGUAUUCCCUGUGCCGGCAAAGGAACAACUCUCCUUCUGCAACGAUAAUGAUGGAAUCAAUAGCUUCUUUAACGGCGUGGCGGACCUUGUCAACUUGGCGCGAAAGAUCUUCAUUGCCGUUCUAGUCAUCGCCGCCGUCCUGGCUUGCAUCCCCAUGGCCUGGCGCGAGAUCCGUCGCUGGCGCUCGAUGAAAGAUCGUUCGCAACUCGUUCGAAGGGACGCCCACGACCCGAUGGACGUUGUCUACAUCGUCUCCCGCCCUUAUACUUCAACAGCAGGUAUCAAAGCCGCCAGUCGAUUCAGCAACAGUCGGAGACAGAUCCUCGUUCGCUGGGUGUUCGCAUAUGCGACCUCGACCCCGGCUCUCUUCGUGCUCAGUCUCGCGAUCGCUGGCCUCUUCUCCUGUCUGUGCCAGUACAUCCUACUGAGAAGCGUCGAGAAGACCGUUCCCGAGUUGACCGACCAAGUCAGCGCUUUUGCUGACAAGGUAGUGGACUCGCUGAACAACGCCUCAGAGCAAUGGGCCAUAGGAGUCAACAAAGUCAUCGAAACAACCAACAACGACAUCAACAAAGAUGUGCUCGGCUGGGUCAACACGAGCACAACGGCUCUGAAUGACACGCUCAACGCGUUCGUCGACGAGACAACCAAAGUCCUCAAUGAGACCUUCGGCGGUACGCUCCUCUAUGAACCUAUCAAAGAAGUCUUCAACUGCCUGAUCGGUCUGAAGAUCGAAGGUAUUCAAAAGGGCCUCGACUGGGUGUCAGACCACGCUCGUGUUGAUUUCCCCCUCAUGCCCAACGACACUUUCUCCCUAGGAGCAGCAGCCAGCAUUGCCAGCGACAACUCCGACCCGGGAAAUAGCUUCCUGGCAGAUCCAGGGGACCAGACAAGCAACAAGAUCAGCGAAGCCGUAGUACGAGUCGUCGACAAGCUCGCAGACGAAAUCAAGACCGAAACCAUCAUAUCCAGCAUCAUCCUCCUUAUAUGGGUCCUCAUCCUCCUCAUCGGUAUCAUCCGCGCCCUCACCCUCUGGUGGACUCGCGAAAGAACGCGCGGUGAAGGCGCCGGAAUCACCCACAACCAUGCCUGGAAUAUCAACCCCAAUAAUGGCAACGGUCUCUCAGACGCGAACGGCUUCACUGACGUGCCACUCACUGCUAUGCCUACAGUGUCCAGAGGAGUAGUAGCCCACGACAGCGACGAAGACCACUAUCCAGAUGAGAAAGUCGGGUUUGCAGGCCAACGAAACUACGACUCGGCCUUGAAGGUCGAUAAUGCCGCCGCUGCUGUUCGCGAGAGUAGUUACGUCGAGUACGGUGAGAAGUUUUGAGUUUGUAUAAAACAACGAAAUGGUCGUUCAUUUUUCCCCCUUG